AUGGCUACCAAACUCUCACUGUCAGAAGAGGAUGUCUCCUGUCCUGUGUGCUGUGACAUCUUCAGGGAUCCUGUUCUCCUGUCAUGUAGUCACAGUAUCUGUAAAGUUUGUCUGCAGAAGUUCUGGAAUAAUAAGGAAUCCAAGAUGUGUCCGGUCUGUAGGAGAAGAUCAUCCAAAGAUGUCCCUCCCCGUAACCUUGUGUUAAAGAACCUGUGUGAGUCUUUCUUACAGGAGAGAAGUCAGAGAACUUCAGCAGGGUCUGAGGAGUUCUGCAGUCUGCACAGUGAGAAACUCAAACUCUUCUGUCUGGAUGAUAAACAGCCUGUGUGUUUGGUGUGUCGGGAUUCAAAAAAACACUCAAACCACAAAUUCUAUACAAUUGAUGAAGCUGCAGUUGACAACAGGGAGGAACUCAAGACUGCACUGAAAUCCUUACAGGAGAAACUGAAGAUCUUUGAAAAAGUCAAACUGACCUGUGAUCAAACAGCAGAGCACAUUAAGACUCAGGCCAAACACACAGAGAAACAGAUCAAAAAACAGUUUGAGAAGCUUCAUCAGUUUUUACGAGAUGAAGAGGCAGCCAGGAUAGCUGCACUGAGGGAGGAAGAGGAGCAGAAGAGUCAGAUGAUGAAGGAGAAGAUUGAGGAGAUGAGUAGAGAGAUAACACACCUUUCAGACACAGUCAGAGCCAUAGUGGAGGAGAUAAAAGCUGAAGACAUCUCAUUCCUGAAGCAGUGCACACUGCAGGAUCCACAGAUGCUUUCAGGAGCACUGAUCCAUGUGGCCAAGCACCUGGGCAACCUGAAGUUCAGAGUCUGGGAGAAGAUGCAGGAGAUUGUUCAAUACACUCCUGUCAUUCUGGACCCCAACACUGCACAACCACGACUCAUCCUGUCUGAGGAUCUGACCAGUGUGAGAUACGUAUACAGUGAUGAGAGACUGCAGCUUCCUGAUAAUCCAGAGAGAUUUGAUCCAGGUGUAUUUGUCCUGGGCUCUGAGGGUUUUAACUCAGGGACACACUGCUGGGAUAUUGAUGUUGAGAACAAUAAAAACUGGUAUGUGGGUGUGGCCACAGAGUCAAAUCAGAGGAAGGGACCAGGAGCCCAUGGUGUUAUCUGGCGUGUGGGUCAUGGGUCUGGCAAAUAUUGGUCACGAUCCCCAGGACAGACUUGGACACCCCUCAUAUUUAAUAAGAAACUCCAGAGGAUCAGAGUGCAGCUGGACUGGGACAGAGGAAAAGUGACAUUUUCUGACCCUCUUGCUAACACGCACAUACACACUUUCGCACACACUUUCACUGAGAGAAUGUUUCCAUUCUUCUUCAAUGGCUGUAAACUCUCUCCUCUGAGGAUCUUACCAGUGCAGUGUUGUGUGAGAGUGGAACAGCACAGUUUGCUGGCAGGUCACGAUUGGUUGGGGAACAUCCGAGGGAAGUUUAAAAGACGAUGGCUGCGCAGGACACAUCUGGCGCGGAACCUCCUGUUUGACUCCUGCUGCCGCGUCGUUAAUUAUUUUUAA